AUGCCUGAUGCUCCCAGAAGAAGCAGCCGAAGAAUAAAGGAUGCUGCCGAACGCCCAAAGGCAGACGCAUCAAAUUCGAUGAAAGCUUCUGAUCCAAAGAAAGCAAAGGCUGUCUGGGAUACAGGCAAAGGUGUCGAAGAAGCCAUGCGCGAGCUGAGCGAGAUGGAACAAAAGUUACAGACUGCCGUCCGAACACAACGACUUGCCGUUGAGUCCUCAGACCUUCAAGUCAAGAAGGAAGCCGCCAACGAACCUGAUAUUCGACCAAAAAUGUACUCGCCGAACCAGGAUACUGUUGUUCCUCGAGGAAAUUUGGACGGGAAACCAAAAGCUGUCAGCUCUGUGCCACUGGAUGAGUACGACGCCAAACGCGCUGCUGGCGAUGUCGCUGAUGCCAAAGGGGAAGACGACGGCAUGGACCGAGGUGCCAGCAGGCCUCCCCCUGUGAACAGUGAAAUUCUUCCUCUACCAUGGAAAGGAAGGUUAGGAUAUGCCUGCCUGAAUACAUACUUGCGCAAUGCAACCCCUGCCGUCUUUUCUUCGAGGACCUGUCGCAUGGCUUCCAUUAUUGAACACCGACAUCCGUUAGCAAACCCUGAUGAACCAGAACAUCCUACCAAGAACCGGCCAGACAAGAACAAACCCGCAGACCACGAACGGGGACUCAAAUAUGUACAAGAGUUGGGCUUAGCGAAUGCAAGAGAUAUUGUCAAAAUGAUUCGAUGGAAUGUCAAGUACGGCAUCAGAUUCAUGAGACUGAGUAGUGAAAUGUUUCCAUUUGCAAGUCAUCCAGAACAUGGUUACAAGCUAGCGCCCUUUGCGUCAGAGGUGCUGGCGGAAGCUGGCAAAGUAGCUGGAGAGCUGAAUCAUCGUUUAACAACACAUCCUGGACAAUUUACACAGAUUGGUUCCCCACGCAAAGAAGUUGUUGCCGCCGCCAUGCGCGAUCUGGAAUAUCACGAUGAGAUGCUCACUCUACUCAAACUUCCUGAACAACUUGACCGCGAUGCUGUCAUGAUCCUUCACAUGGGUGGCACUUAUGGCGACAAGCAAGCAACUAUUGACCGAUUCAAAGAGAACUACGCCAAACUUUCAGACAGUAUCAAGCGACGCUUGGUGUUGGAGAAUGACGAUGUCGCAUGGAGUGUUCACGAUUUAUUGCCUGUUUGCGAGGAGCUCAACAUUCCUCUUGUACUCGACUACCACCAUCACAACAUCAUAUUCGACCCAUCGAUAAGAGAGGGUUCCAAAGACAUUAUCGAUCUUUAUGACCGCAUCAAGGCUACAUGGACCAAGAAGGGAAUUACUCAGAAAAUGCAUUACAGCGAGCAGACUUCCAGUGCUGUCACACCAAGAGAUCGUCGCAAGCAUUCCGCCAGAGUCAAAAGUCUCCCACCAUGUGCCCCCGACAUGGAUUUAAUGAUUGAAGCCAAGGAUAAAGAGCAAGCUGUUUUCGAAUUGAUGCGAACUUUUAAACUGCCAGGUUGGGACACUUUUAACAACAUUGUACCAUAUGAACGACCAGACGAAUCACGAAAAGCCGUCAAAAAGAAGGCAAAGAAGGGCAGAAAAGCAAACGGCGUCAACGGAGAAGUGGAGGAUGAUAUUCAGGUACCUGAAAAGAUUUCUUUGCCAGAUGCUACAUUCUCCGACGCCAUUAAAAUUGUUGAUCUUCGUGAUCGCAAUGCUGGUCGUGGUAUAAUCGCUCUCGAGGAUAUCCCUGCGGAAACAACUCUGUUUACCAUUCCGAGAAAAGGAAUCAUCAAUGUUGAAACCUCGGAGCUGCCAAAAAAGAUCCCGGAUGCUUUUGAUCUCGACAAGCCUGAUGAUGAUGAUGCACCAGGACUGGAUUCGUGGAGUUCGCUCAUCCUCAUCAUGAUUUACGAGUACCUACAAGGCGACAACUCCAAAUGGAAGCCUUAUUUUGAUGUUCUUCCUUCGUCAUUUGAUACGCCCAUGUUUUGGUCCGAUAAUGAGCUUGACCAACUUCAAGCCAGCCAUAUGCGACACAAGAUCGGCAAGGCUGAUGCUGAGAAUAUGUUUCAAAAGACACUGCUUCCUAUUAUUCGAAGCAACUCUGAGAUUUUCAAUGCUGGAAACAAGACUGACACAGAGCUUAUCGAGAUUGCCCACCGGAUGGGCAGCACCAUCAUGUCGUAUGCUUUCGAUCUUGAAAAUGAUGAGGAAGAAGAGGAAGAGGCGGAUGGUUGGGUUGAGGACCGAGAUGGAAAGUCGAUGAUGGGAAUGGUACCAAUGGCGGACAUUCUGAAUGCCGAUGCCGAGUUCAAUGCUCACGUCAACCAUGAAGAGGAGAGUCUUACCGUGACCAGUUUAAGACCGAUCAAGGCGGGUGAAGAGAUUCUCAACUACUAUGGCCCUCACCCGAACUCGGAGCUCCUAAGACGAUAUGGAUACGUUACCGAGAAGCAUUCUCGUUAUGAUGUUGUUGAGAUUCCUUGGGACAUUGUUGAAUCAGCCUUGACCUCCAACUUUGGCAUCUCAAGUCAAGUCUUGGAGCAGAUUCGUGGCGCUCUCGAGGAGGACGAAGAAUUCGAAGACACAUUCGUUUUGGAGCGAGAAACAGGCGAGGUCAACUCGGAUGGCACCUUUGUCGAGCCUGCUCGAUUCGAAAGCAUGCCCGAAGAUCUCCAGGAACAACUCAAGACAUUCCUCAAAGGCAUCAAGAAAGCACAGCCCAACGCUAUCCCCGACAAGCGAAAGAGAGACGAGAUCCAUCAAGCUGUACUGGUCAAGAUACUGGAGGCUCUUGUAGCGAGAUACCCGACAAACAUUUCCGAAGACGAAAACCUACUCAAGCAAGCCCUCAACCAACGAACUCGCAUGGCUAUUGUGGUCAGACUUGGAGAGAAGAAACUGCUUCAAGAAGCCAUUACAGUAUCUUCUGGAGACGUUGAGAUGACAAUGGACGACGAAUCUGGACCAGCCAAGCGUACAAAGCUAUCUGGUUGA